AACUCGAGCGCAGUACACACUCGUACUAGGUUAGAAUCGCACGUGUCGGUUGACUCGAUAAUUGUUUAUCGAUUUUAAAGUGACAGUGAAAUAAUCAACAUGGAGCCAGUGAAUCUUAUGGAACUAGAUGAGAAAAAGUUAAAAGAAUUUCUUGCUACUUUUGAUCAUGUAUUCUCAGAUUGCGACGGGGUCAUAUGGACUAAAAUUCCAAUACCAGGCGCGGGCAAGUUCUUUGAACUGAUGCAGCGACUUGGUAAGACGGUGCAUUUCGUGUCAAACAAUAGCUUACGAACAAAAGAAAAUUAUGAAUCGCUAUUCCAAGCGGCUGGUAUUAAGAGUGGAUUUGAUAAUCUUACAAUCCCGUCAUCGGCAAUCUGCGAAUAUCUCAAAUCAGUUAAAUUCAACAAAACAGUGUACUGUGUAGCAUGCCCAGAGACCAUCACCAUGCUGGAGUCACAUGGUUUUGAAUGCAAAGAAGGGCCGGAAGUCGGUACUUAUUAUUACGAAGACUAUAUAGAAUACGUAACCGUCGAUGAAGAGAUAGGUGCUGUUGUCUUCGAUAGCGACUUUAAGGUGAACCUGCCUAAGAUGUACAAAGCUCUUACUUACCUCAAGAGGCCAGAAGUACACUUUGUUACUGGAGCGACUGACAGAUACGUACCUUUGAAGCCGGGAUUCUUAGCUCUUGGUACGGGGAUAUUUAGUGAUAUCGUGAGCACAGAAUCGAAACGCCAACCAAUACAGCUCGGUAAGCCAGGCAAGACGUUUGGAGAAUUUGCUAUGAAACGAGCAGGCGUUACUGACGCAAGCCGAGUGCUAUUCAUUGGUGAUAUGAUAGAACAAGAUGUUGGUUUGGCCAGAGCUUCAGGUUUCAAGACUCUCCUGGUAUUGACUAACAACACCAAAGAGGAAAUGAUGUCUCACAAAACACUUAAGCCAGAUUGCUACGCUGAUUCCUUGGGAAGCUUAGUUCCUAUAUUAUAUAAGUGUUUAAAUGUCUAGUUCCUAUUACAGAUAAAGAAAUUUGUAUGUUUAUUAUAAUACCUAUUAUUGAUUUGUGUUGGCGUCAUAAGUAAGACUUUUAUAUUUGUUGCAAUCUAUUAUUAUUUUUAACGAGGUAUUUAUUAAUUGCGGUUCAAUGUUGUAGUUUUUAGAAAUAUUUCUUAUUGUAUAAUUAUUAUUUAUAAUGUACCUGAACAUUUGUGUAAUAUUUAUUUAUUUAUAAAUAAUUUCAGAACGCACUUAAUGUAUAUCUAUAAUUUGAUUAGCAAAUAAACUUAAAUAGUA